AUGUUCAAUUUAGCAAAAAUAACAAUUGCUACAAUAAGUUUAUUAUCAUUAACCUCAUCAAAAAAAGUUUAUAUAGAUAAUGAUGGAUUAACAGCUCCAGUAGCAUUAAUUCCUUUAAAAAAUGGUUGGGAAAUUGUAGGUAUGUCAGGAAGUUUUGGUUCAGCAUCAUUAAUUGAUUCAAUGGGUCAAAUUUCAAAUAUUUUAAAUGUUUAUAAUUUAUCAUCAUGUAUUCCUUUAUAUGAAGGAGCAAAUCAACCAUUAUUAAGAAGAAAAGAAACUUUUAAAAUUUGGCAAUCUAUGUUUGGUGAUUUAGUUUGGCAAGGUGCUUAUGAUGAUCAUUAUGAAGAUAUGUAUACUUGGGAUAAUGUUACUUAUGACCAGUCAAUUCCUGCUGCUUUAGCUUUAAUUGAUAUAGUUAAAAAAUAUAAAGAUGAAGAUCCUGUUUAUAUAUAUUCUGCAGGAAUGAUGACAACAGUUGCUCAAGCAUUAUCAUUAUAUCCAAAUUUAGUUAAUGAUUCUGCUGGUUUAUAUAUUAUGGGUGGUUUUUUCGAUACUCAAUUUGCUGCAGCAACUGGAACUCCUAUUGUAAAUGAUAUAAAUACUGAUAUUAAUUUUAUUGAUGAUCCAGAAGCUGCUCAAAUUGUUCUUACUGCUGGUUGGAAAAAUUUAGUUAUUGGAGCAAAUGUUACAAAUUAUUUAGUACCAUCACAAAAAUUAUAUGAUAAAUUAAUUGAAAAAGCUGGUGGAAAUUUAACAAAAAUUCAAAAUACUCCUUAUUUAUCACCAUUAAGUCAACUUUUAGCAACUGGGAAUUAUUCACAAAAUAAUGAACAACAAACAUUACCAUUUUGGGAUGAAGUUGUUGUUGCAUUUUUAACUGAUCCUUCAUUAAUUUUAAAUAGUUCAAAUUUUAGUGUUGCUAUAGAUACUCAAUUUUAUUCACCAUUUUAUGGAAAUUUAAGAAUUUGGGGUAAUGAAUUUGCUCCAAAGGGAGUUAAAACUGGUAAUGCUACUAUUGUUAAUCAAAUUGAUGAUGAUAAAUUUUAUAAUUUAAUCUUGGAUGUUUAUCUUGAUGAAUAUAGAUCUUAUUGUUCUGAUGGAUCAAUUGGUAUUUAUAAUAUUACAGAAGAAAUUUGA